AUGAACCAUGAACGCGCACUGGAUGACUUGAUUGGUAUCACUGAGAUCAAGGGCCGGGUAUUCCAAAUCUUACAGGACUGUAAAGAUGGAGCAUUACAAAAUCUUUCUGAUGGCUACAUCCCGCAUUCCUCCAUUGUGCUUCACAAAUUGUCCACUAUUGCGCCCCCACCCUGGCUUGGGACUCUUGAUCAGACAGCUAACAAUCAUUCAGACCCCAAUAGCGAGAAGAAACAAACCUGGAAUGUGCCUCAAAUAGUUCGAUCACUCUCAGAGCCAAGUGAGGAUAUUCCACCUGAGGGACUCUCUGGAGGUUGGAACGAAGUUUUUGGGGAACAAAUGGAGAGAAGAUUUGCAACGGUUGACCCAGAAAGAUUCAGUGGCUUUCUUGAUGGAGUUGAAAAUGCCAGUUAUCAGAUACCUCAAGGAAUGCUCUAUGGUGUGGGUGGUCAGCUCCCCCAAAGUUUGAUGAAGGCCCUCCUUUUGGAAGAUGAUAAUACAGAAGAGGUUUCCUGGUUACCUGGAGAUCACGUUCAAUUGGACUCGGAUAGUGACUCCCUUGAAGAACCCAAUAACAGUCUGGCUGUGCCACGCUUUUUGAAAUCUCUACCCUACCUUGGAAGUGAAGAUGAUCAAAACAAGGCCUUGUUAACUGGCUGUCACAAAAGGCGCCCACUCAGGCUCAACUGGGCCAGGGACCCAUUGCCUAUUGAGCCUGAGAGUCUCACAGCUGGCCUUACUGUUGACUCAUUAUCCCUCACAGUGAAGAGCCCUCAGUUUACCUCAAAUAUUUCUUUGCAUGUUUGCCCACCACGAGGAUCCACACUCACAACAGACAUUGGGUUAUUGGUCUUGAUCAAUGGGAAGGUAACAAAACUAAGUCAUAUUCCCAACUUCACUUGGGGCCAUGUGGGCAGUGCCAAUCCUUUCCGGAUCAACGUGUUUUUCCCAAACUAUGAGAAAGGCAAAAACGCUGGUGGUCGUUAUAUUACAAUGCUCAAUGCUCAGGAUUGCUCUCUAUGGUACACAGAAGUUGUCCGUCAAGCCAUCAUGCAAGCAGAAAUGCGGUGCGCACCCCAACUCCGUCAUGCAGUCACUUCCCUUCAACAAGAACUUCCUGUUACCUACUCUAAUGCUGAAUCACUUGUAAAUGGUGGGAACCAGGGAAGGCUCCACAGGGGAUAUCCAGUGUGCCAUGAAGUCUUCAACAUCAUUGCGCUUCUUGCCAGGGAAAUAGUGGAAAACACAAGAAGGCUGGCCAAAUUUAAGGGCUUUUUCUUUCAUAUCUGGGGCAGUGGUUUGAAGUCCUUAGGGCAUCAAAUUCCUAAUGAGAGGGGAUCUGCAUUGCUUUGUAUCUUCAAAGAAUAUCCUUUUGUUGAUUGGAGUCUUCAAAACCCUCAAGACAUUGUGGUGGACAUUGGCCUAGAAAUCAACAUCAAGCAAGAGGAACUCUCAUUGGAUACAAACGACUUGACAUUGCUAUGGAAACUCAGUGUUCUCAAACAGCUUAUUUGGCCUGCUUGGCGUAAAGGACAUGUCAACUCCUACAUGCACUCCCGUGUUGUGGCAGGACUUUCUGCAGCUCCGCGUAGCCUUAUAAGCCACUCUUUUUACUAUUCCCACGCAUACAUGAAGGACAAGGUUGUCACCUACCAUCAUUGUGACAGCAGUAUUGGGAUUGGCUUCUCACCCAAGGAUGGUCUGAACAACACGGACCAAUACAAUAAUGAGAUUGCCAAGUUGACAAAAGGAUGGACCCAGAGCACAGGCUGUUAUGGAGUGCAAUUAGAAUGGCGGUGUGGAAUCUGGGCAUCAGAACAGAUAUUGAGGCUAGACCCAUCCUUGUGGGUGCAACGUUUCCUGAUGAAAGGCGCUAUUCUUGCAUUCAAAACUCAUCAUGUGGUUCAGCUCAAAGUCACAUUUCUCAGGGCCUAUGACUAUUUCUUUUGUAGGGUGCAAGUUUUGCCAGCCCCACAGCGCAGAAGUGAAGAGGUUCUUCUGCUUGCUGCAGUCCUUCAUUACCUUAUGCAUGGACUAGUAAAGCGCCCAGAUGAGAUGAGCUCUAGUCGUUACAUGGCAAAGGGUCUUGGAAUUCUUUCCAGGGCUAUGUCUUAUGGGUUUGCUUCAUUCACUGAGUACAAGAUCCUUCAAUACUCAGCUCGUCAUACCCCUGCUGGAGCUCGUCUCAAGCCAACCCUUUCAUUAUCCAAGACUGAUCAAUUUAUCAUUCGGGCACUUGAAAACAUGCAGCAGAAGAAUGCAGCCAAACGGGUAAUGCGUACUGGGAAAAAGCUGAUCCAAAAGUCAAACAACCCAACUACACCAAGCAAUUCAGCUCCUUGCCAACUGACAACAGAGACUGAAGAUUUUGUCUUUUUUGAUCACUUAAUCAAUGAAGACCUUUCUGGUUGGCUUUGGUCAAAGUUCCCCAUCCAGGAUCAAACAGAGGUGCCAAAUUUGCGGAGCUUUGAAGGUCCAUUUCAGCUGAAACUAUGGAAAAAUUCAGUUGGUCCUGGAGUUAAGUGCAAGAGCCGUAUUUCUUGGGCAGGGUUCCAGAAUGUUAUUUCUCAACUAUUCCCUGAUGAUUGGGUCAUGAAGGACCGUGGGCAGAUGUGGGAUUCAUAUCAAGCAGUUGUUUUGGACCCCAUCAUAAAACGGCUUGAACAAGAAGACAAAGCCAAUCGUGCCACCCGUGCCAAUAAGGGUCCUGGCAACCCAGGGUAUAAAGGAAGGCAUCCCAUGCCUGGGAAGUCAUCUCAAACCACCACUGGCACCACUACUUUCUUAUCCAUCCCCAUUACUAAGACAUCAUGCCUGCCAUCAGAACAGAGACCAGGAUCUCCAAGGCCACUGGAGAGUCCACCUCUUACCACCUUGACAGAUCCAGUGAGCACAGGACCAAGUUCCCUUGGUCCCAGGACAACCUGGAUCAAUGGGCACCCCCAGAUCCAUCCAUGGGCUGGGACAUGGGGAAUGAUCAACCCCCUAUCACCAACAUCUAUGACUGGCAUAAGGUCAUCACAAGAUGUGAUUCCUUCCAACAAUCCAAGGCUUAUGCCAAACUACUUGAUCCCUCAGCAACCCUUGAUUACAUACCAAUGGGUCAAUGAUGGAAGUGCUACUGGAUUGGAAGAACCCUACGCUGUCCAAUCAGGGGAUACCUCCGCUGGGUUGGCAUUCUUUGUGUGUAGAGGUAAUGUGGGUGCCUCUGUGGAGGAUGUAGUGAGGGCCCCAGUGCUAAAGCACACAAGGAGGUUGGCAGAAUGGCAUCUAGACAUUGAGGAAAUUGAUCCUGAAUGGUGGAUACCAAUCUCAACAGUAAGGGAAUGGCUGGCUGCGGAAAUUGAAAACUGGAAAAACAAACUGCCAUCAGGCUUAGGUGGCUAUGUGGACAACCUCACUCCUGAGGAUGUCUAUUACAUGAUCCUAGAACACAAAAUGAGCAUAGAAGAUCUACAUGACUGGCUCAAACAAUGGGCCAUGCAAGCAGCUCAGAAUGAUCUGAGCAGAAGUAUAUCCAACUUAGCAAUCCAUGAACUAAGUGAUGAAGGAGGACAUGAGUCUGACCUUGAAAGUAACAAGGCCAUGAACAAAUGGAACCCCUUGGAUUAUGCUGAUGGAAUGUGA